AUGGCGCAGGGACGAAACCUCAACGACUACAAGGUGGCAUGGAUCUGUCCGCUUGAGGUGGAGCAGAUCGCAGCGAUGGAGAUGCUGGACAAGGAGCACCCCCCACUAGCAAAGUCCCCAACAGACCAUAAUGUGUACAGCCUCGGGAGCAUCAACGGCCACAAUGUCGUUAUCGCAGGUUUGCACCAGCCUGGCAACAGCCCCGCGGCUACGGUCGUGACACAGAUGAGGAUGACGUUUCCCAACUUACGCUUUGGUUUGUUGGUUGGCGUUGGCGGUGGGGUUCCCGUCAAGACGGAUCAGGGGCCGAUCCGGCUAGGUCAUGUGGUUGUCAGCAAGCCUGCGGGUGGAUAUUCUGGCGCUUUGCAGUACGAUCACGGGAAAGCGGAAGGAGGGCACUUUGAGCGGACGGGUGCCUUGGCGCCACCACCGGCACUUCUGCUAAGUGCUGCACAAGCUCUAGCGGUACAGCGGGAUAGGUCAGAGUUCGAUCCAGUGCAGCAGAGCCUUUAUCGAAUCAAGACGGACCGCCCUCGCCUUCGACGAUUCCAGUAUCCCGGGGAGCGAAACGAUUAUCACUAUCCAUCAAAUUACGUACACCAGCGCGAAGGAGAACCUUGUGCAACGGUCUGCGACCCAUUGAAGCGUGUGGCCAGACCGGUUGAUGAUGACGAUAACUUCGUUAUAGUACACAGGGGCAAUAUCGCAUCUGGAGAGUUAGUGGUCAAGAACGCAGAGCUGAGAGACACGCUGGCUCAGCAACAUGGGCUCCUGUGCUUUGAGACGGAAGCUGCGGGGGUAAUUGCCGACUUUCCCUGCCUCGUCGUGCGCGGUAUCUCGGAUUACUGCGAUUCGCACAAGAACGACGACUGGCACGGGUAUGCAGCAGCUGUGGCAGCAGCGUAUGCUCGACAACUCUUCUUCCACCUGCCCGUGGACGAAUUGCAACGGUACGAAGAAUUCCAAAAUCGGUAG